AUGGGACAUGACUCCAAAGUUCCGACCGCCGACUUCGCUUCCAACGAUCAGAACCUUGGAAGAAGCAGUAUGUGGCACCAAUUAAUAUGGGGGGAUAUUAAUAUAAUUGUGCAGGACCGGCUAGGCGAUUCGCCAUCGCUGGGUCCCUCUGACCUCAGCGGCUCAGCGCUUCCAAGUCAACGACACUUUUUAUUUUCGCGAGUGAAGCCCAAGAAAGAAUCAGUUCCGGGUGAAACUCCGCUCAUCGGACGAGAAUGCUUAAAUAUCCGGUGUGGUGUUUCCGUUGACACCAGGCUCACACCAGGCAGCUUUGACCCUGUGAAACCCCAGCCCUUAUCAACGCUGCCCUACUGGGGUCUUGAGGAACUGAUCACCGAGGUCUCGAAAUCUCCCAAAUCUUAA